CUUUUAGCUACCCCUUCUCUUUUAGUCACUAUUAUAACUAACCCCUGUCAACUGUGAUAUAUACCUAAUCCUAGGUAUCCAACCCACUCAAACAUAGAAGCAUGUCUCUCUCAAGCCUACCCCCCGAGACCCUGUCUUUAAUCCUAGAGUUCCUCGCGGAUGAAGACUUAACCUCUCUCAUACUUGCCCAACGUGUGUGUAAGCGCUUCCAAGCAACCAUAGAACGCAUCCUAUUCCAGUCACCCCCGAGGAGGGCAUGGAACAGAACCAACCUCAUCGGUGUCUGUCCUCUUCUCUUGGGCAAAUUCAGCCACCUCUUCGUGAAUGGGAAUCGCAAACUCGGUCCCGACGAGGGCCGUAACACUGGAAUACCAUUCCGUCGUUUACCCUGGGCUGCUAAGCGCCAAGAGGAUGGAACAACAGUGAAAGCGGUUGCGAUGCAGGACUCGCCGUACUUGCGCCCCGAGGCAAGCUGGCGUCGUCUAAGUGUAACGUUCGGCGCGGGGCCAGUCGUUAGGUCGGUGGAUGUAGUAAAAGUGCUGACCGUGUACGGCGGCACGAGCAUGGACUACAAGCAGCUUGAUAUCCCGCCCCUGUUGUCCAAGGUAUCCGGGGACGCCGAUGAGAGUGUGGAGGAGGGCGAAGAGGGUAUCCUAACUAUGGGCCUGCUCUACGAUCUGCUCGCGUCCGGCGCAGGCCACAUGGGCUACGUAACGACGAGUUGGCAAUUCUUACCCGGCAGCCGGCUGAGCAGCUACAACGACUGGCAGAAGCUGCGUAUCAACAACCGGUAUCCAGGCGGCGAGCGGAUCAAAGAGCUGUUCGUCAAGGACGACCAGAGCGCAGUGUUGUUUGUUACGGGGCACAGGGGAUGUACGAUGAACGGUUGUAUGAGAAGGAAGAGUUGCAGUGAGGAGGAUGAGGUGUGGGAACCCGAGGCUAUUGGCGGCAUUCCGAUUAGAAUGCGACCAUGGCAGGGACCAUCUCCAGAUCGCUUCUCAAGGACAUGAGAAUAGAGCUAGGAGAGAGGAGAGAAGGACACAAGUAUAAGUCAAAGUAGUGUAUUAGGCAACUUACCUUAAGUACUACCUUUUUUAAUCCUCGAAGGUCAAAUAGGGGUAUUGUAGUUCAUAUAAGCUAAUAAGGAC